AAUCCUCACCAAAGAAUUGCCAAGAGUUUCGCGUAUAAAAAAAUGAGAAAUUCUUUUCCGUCGAAAUGGAUGAUAAAAUCCCUGAUUGCAUUUCUUUUACUUUGUGUUGGAGUUUUCUGCCAAUCAGACGAGUCGACAUCUUCGUGGGCCAAACUCCAAAUUUCACCCAGCGAACUCUGUUCAAUGCCCCACGGCAGUUUCAGAGUCAACAUUUACGAACACGCAAAAAAUCACAAGGCAACGACGACAAAUGCAAGUGCCAAAAAAUAUUUUUACGCCCCCGUCGCCAUGCUGGACCACAGAAGCGCAGCGAGUUUCUACAACAACGUCACGAAACAGCCCGAGGUCCGUUUCCGCAUCGAAAUGUGGAACCCAAAAGUCGAGAGCAAAGUCGUCAAUUAUUUGACCGAAUUUCUCCGUCAGCCAAUCGAUUCCCAUCAGGUUCAAGUCAUCCCAUUCGAUAAAGUAAUCCUAGCCAGCACGUCACCGUCCACCACCUUCUCACUGAAAUCAAAUUGGCUCCCGUAUCAACUGGACAAGUCGCUCCAGUUGACACUUUCCUGUUUCCACCAACGGGAUUGCAACCAACUGGCGGCCGCUAUGCGGACCAAACCUCAGCAAUUCAACGACUUCAAACUCCUUUUUAGUUUGUCUUCGCAGACGUCGCAAACCAAACAGACGGUCAUCCGCAUCGACAGUAUCGUCUCCGGACAAAUGAUGACGCAACUCUUGCAGAAAUUCGACGAAAACACCAAAGAAGCUCUGCUAACGGCCACCGAUGAGAAGAAACUGCUGACGGAAUCGAUGACCAACGUCUUGGUCGAUACUUUCGACGACUCGGACGUCGUUUCCCAAAAUUCAGAGUCGCAAAUCUACAACAUGUUGAAGAGUUUGCUCGUCUCUUCGAGGACGACCAUCAAAGAGCAAAGCGACAAAAUGUGGGACUCGGUUUUUUGGAACGACGACAACUACCGACCGGACAAGACAUCGAAAACUAUGAACGACAUUUACAACAAAUUGGACAAGGAAGACCAGAAAAAGUUGAUUGACACGUUCCAAAACACCGACACAUUUGAAUUCAGCACAGGGGGUAGUGUCAUGGGCAUUGCUUCGAUCGAAUCAAGAUUCAAAACUGAAAUUUCCCGCCACGGUUCGACAACAAAGGAAGACAUCAACAAACUUCUCCAGGAAAGUAAAAAUCACGGCGAAUGGGAGGGAGAGAAAUUUGUUCCCAAAGCGCUGGACCUCAGCAGAGUCAAUUUGGCGCAAUUAAGAGACACGCAAUCCUUCCAGGAUCGCAAAGUGAGCGUCCGUUACUCGACCGCCGUCCUGUCAACUCCCAUCCAUUUCAUACAAAACUCUGAGCUGACAGCCACGGAUGAAUGGCAAGAGUUGAAAGACGAAUUAAAAGAAACACAAAAGCGUUUAUCAUACGCUUUGAAACUUUUAACAAAGAGGCGCAUCACUUUCGAAAAAUUAGAAAAGCAGCUUAACAGUACAGAUUACAAAUCAAACGACUUGGAAAACAAAUUUGAAGCAACAAGGCAAGAUCUGGCAAAUUCGAAUAUUACGAUCGCAACAGUUAAAGCAGCUUUAAAUGCUUUACAGACAUCAAUGGCAAGGCUGGGCCUGCAAUAUAGUUGCACUAAGAAAUCGACAAGUUUUGAGUUAAUGGGAAGAGGAGAAGGUGGUGUGGUUUAUCUUGAUCGGCAAGCCGUUGGGUGCGAUUACAACGAAUUCAUCAAAUAUUUCAGACCAGAGCAUAAUAAUAAUCGAGUCAGAUAUAACUACGAGUGUUGCAGAUAUUAUUUACAAAAAUAAAUCUUGACACUAUGCUCGGAGCACCAGUGACAAUCGCAGAUUAUAUGCAAUAGAAUGACUUCCCUCGACCUCCUUGGUUCGCUAGAGUUUGUGUAAAAAGUCACUACAGUACUUGUCUGCAUGCAUCUGAUAGUCAAAGAAAAUCCAUUGUACGCACAUUUUAUGAUUCUAAUUCAAUAUUAUUUUAAGUCUAAUUGGGAAUGCACAAUCGGAAAUGGGACCGAUUCUUUGAUCGAAGAAUAAUGAUCGAUUAAUAUUAUCAAUAAGAUGCCAACGUCGCAAAACAGCGGUUCUGGCUCAAAAAAUUGUAGAUCCGGGCAUAACUUCAUGAUAUAGAGAAAAGAUGGACACGAAAUCCAACACAAUUUAGUAAAACUAAUCUAUCCAGAAAACAAGCCAAUAUACCGAGUUCAGUAUACUCUUUGACUUAUUGCAAGCAGCACCAUAGGCAUCAAGAAAUCGAAGAUUUAAAUUCUAUUAUUUAUCGAACUAAAAUUACUCUUUUUUUAGGCAUGAGACAUUGAGAAGAAUAAGAGGCUCGUGAUAAUCGCAAUAAAUACUAUCUUUGACUUUCUUCCUACCUCCGUGUCGCUGUUCACCCAUCAGCAAAGAAUACGAGAAUUGAUGGCCACACAUUUUAUUCAUCCAGCGUCUAGGGGCUUGGUAGAUAAAGAUGCUAAUCAGAUAAAUUUGCGUAGCUGCACUGGUCGUAGUAAUAUUCGGAAUUACUUCAAAGUUAACUCUCUCACACUGCAAACAAUUCAGUCAAAUUGGAUGUAUACUGGUCGUGAACUCCAAACUCGUGGUAGUAAUUGGAUUUAACUGGUAGCUGAGCCUUAAGGUAACUAGUAACUGAUUCAACGUACGUAUCACUUUCGAAAAAUUAGAAAAGCAACUAAAUGGUAACAUUUAAAUGCGACUACAUAAAAUGAUUGAGAAAACUUUGUAACUACGUUAAAACACCCUAGACAUUUCCGGUACAAAAGUCAAAGGGUGAAGGUUUCAAGAAAUAUUUGCGAUUUAGAAAUUCCGCGUAUUGUAUGACAUUUUUUAAGCAGACACGAAUACAUAAACUGUUUAACAUUUA